GUAGGCCCCAUUUUGUGAAUGGAUAGUCAUACCGAUGUUCUCCGUGGAAAGGUUUCCAGGAUCGGCUAAGUUUCAAACAGGACAUGAAGGUUACUGGGUAUUGGCAUUUGUUCAGUCUUUGGGCUGUUUUGUUGUGUGGUGAGACUUACCGGAUUUCGGAAAACUCUACUAAACUUUCCAAUAACCUGAAGAAGAACGGUGCGGAUAUCUUGACGGGUGUUUGUCCGAAGGCAAAAUUCUUAGGCCAAGUACAACGGAAGAGAUCCUGCGAAUCGUUGCCUGCAAGCCAAGACCUUGAUCCAUUGCCGGUGCUCGGAAAUAACGCGACAGUGCCAACUGUUCUGGCAACAUCACCACUUUGCAACAGCAGCACCGUUUUCUGCAACCUGUCAGCGAGUGUCAGCGCUUGCACCUGCGCCAAUCAGGACUCUGCUAGAGUAGAUGACAGCAACCAACUCCUGAACUGUCCCAAGUGUUACGCUAGUAAUUGUGUUCGUCAUCGAGUACGCUUCGCGGAGCAUCUGCUACGAAAUCAAGUGAGCCUGUCAGCGUAUUUUCGUCCAAGGCUUCUCGUUCAGCUAGAAGUGCGAAGGCGGCGAAAAGUUCACCAAAAGCAUCUCGAAAGACUGGCGAAUCAUUCCAGGAUCAGUCUGUCGUACUAUCGCUUGUCCGCGUUUUACUUUGCUUCUUAUAGUUCAAGGACUCAAAUACUGCAGGAAUUCUUUCAGAGGACUCACCGUGAACAAUUAUUUACGCGGAAAUUCCUUUUGCUGCAGUUUCAAAAGCAAAUUUUUCGUCCUAACCCUAAAUUAAUAACUAGGUGGUGGCAGUUGAAGAGGGCAUUACCUUUCGUUACAAGUGAAAAACAGCUUUCUAGUUCUCUAAUCUGCAUCGUGUAAUCGUGACUGUUAGUCGGACAACUUAUUAUAUUAUUAUUUCAGACUGAUUUUUUAAAAAUUGUUUGCUUGGAUUUCGAACAUGGCCUGUUCUAAGCACUUUUCAUUGGAACAUUAUUUCAACCAAAAAAGAAUCGAUCCAAAAUUCACGGAAACUGACGCACUGUGUUAUGAAUGGAUUCGUCUUAAAACGUUUAUAACAUGGCCCCACUGGGCGGAAGGAUUUCCGUCAGAGUACGCGCGAGCUGGAUUUUCAUACACCUUUUCACGUGAUAAGGUUAUCUGCUUUUCGUGUCAUGCUACAAUUGAGAACUGGAGGAAGGGCAUGAACCCCCUAGAUGAGCACAAAGCUCGCAGUCUGGACUGUGAGUUUAUUAGAGGCGUCACUCGUGGAGACAUACCGAUACACGGAGAGUUUAACCGUGAUUGUGUGUGGACGUCACCAGGCGUCAGCAUUGAUAGUCAUGACGCCGUUAUCAAAGGCAGACAAUCAACAGACUUCUGCCAAGAAUCGCCAGCUGACCAGAUAUCAUUGUUUGCUGUGAAAAUGAAGGAAGGAAGACAUCGUCAAGAGACAUACCGAUUUUGGCCAAAACCAGAGAUAGUGGAUCCAAAAUCAUUGUCACAGUCUGGCUUGUAUUUCACCGGAGUAGGCGACAUUGUGAAGUGUGCGUUUUGUCAGGGGAUGCUGAGUGGAUUCCAGCAAGGUGAUGUCCCCAACGAGAUGCAUCUGCUCCGUUACCCGUCUUGCGAAUUCGCCAGGGAGCGCCAUCGAAUUCAAGAUUUGGAUAGGGCUAUUGAACAGCUGUCCCUUACAAGCUCAGUCCAAACGGAUCCAGCAUUUCCCAACUUUUCUACACUUGAAUCAAGAUUAGCAUCCUUCGUAGACUGGCCCAAAACUCAAACUCAUCCCCCCGUUGAUAUGGCUUCAGCUGGAUUUUUCUAUGCAGGGAUAUCAGACUGUGUUAAAUGCCACCACUGUAAUGGCGGCUUGAGGAACUGGCUACCUGGCGAUGACCCGUGGUGUGAGCAUGCGCAGUGGUAUCCAUCUUGUAGUUUCCUUAAGAAGGAACAGAGUUAUGCCUUGACGGCCGCAACCAGCGGAAGGGUUUUGCUGGAUCGGAAAACAUCUCUUUCCACCAACGCUCCUGUCACCAAUCGACUUUCGUGGAACACAGCUGAUAGAAAGCAUCGCCCUGCUGUUGUCCAGGAUGCAUCGGCAGCCUGUCCGACGGUAUCGCCGCAUGUUGAUGUAUCGGAAGCGCCAAGGGACAUCGGUAGUUCAAAGCAAGAGAAGAUAGAUGAUACAGAUGCUGAACGCCAGGAGAUGAUGUCUUUGGUGGAAGAGAACCGUGAGUUAAUGGAGAAGACGAUGUGCAAGAUUUGUCUUACGGAGAAGUGCCAACUGACCUUCCUCCCGUGUGGCCAUCUUGUCACCUGCCUCACUUGUGGUCCCAAACUCCGGAAGUGUCCAAUUUGCAGGGCCACUAUCAAAGGACGAGUCAGAAUCUAUAUGGCCUAAACCAUACAUUAUAUUUUUCAUACUAUAAAGAUAACAGCUUACGUUUGCAUUAUUUUAUGAUUUACUUUACGUAUUAAUUUCCAGUUUACUUUAGAAAUAUGUUACAUUUGUCACACCUGCGUGAUUGUUUAUGUCCUAAUGCAUUCUGAAAGAGGAAUGAAAAGAUCCGGAAGCAGAACGAGCCCCAGUCAAACUUGGUUGGUCUUGUCCAAUGAAGAAAGGAUUUAUAAUACCUUCAGACAACUUCAACAAAGCCACAAAGCACGGGCGUUACACGCUACCGACGUUUGACGAUGCCCGUCAUAAAUAUCGGAGUGCGAAAUAUUUUGUUGCGGUUAGGUGCAAGAUUGGGAUUCUGUCAAAUGCCCGUUAGACAACGAAAGUUUCAAACUGACACGACGCAAAUACUCUUUCCGUAGACUUCCGUUCGGUAUAACAAGUGCCCCAGAUAUCUUUACCGGUGCGGUCAGAGAACUUCUUGGAGAUCUAGAAAGGACAUGGAUAAUUUCUUUGUUGGAAGCGACACAAUCGAACAACACAGAAUGGAGUGCGAGAUUCUAGAUUAACACUGAACAAGGGUAGAUUCGUAUAUUGCCAAACAGAAAUGGAUAUUAUAGUACUCAGGCUUACUGCUGAAGAAAUCAGUCCACACCCCGAUAAAAUGAAGGCAAUGCAAGACUUGAAUCCGCCCACUGACUUGUCGGGAUUAAGACGGAUUUGGGGGAUGGCUAAUCAUCAAUAUUUUCCAAAUUUCUCAGAACUGCUCCAGCCAUUAAAUGAGUUGUUGAAAUCGGACAGAGUUUGUAUGAAGUAACGCAGAAUUCAUGAGGCUCAUGAGGUUCAAUCCAAUCGCGAAAGUCACGCGCCAGGAGAGACGAUGGUAAUGCCUUACACGCAUUCCUUUCAUCGUCACAAGGCAAAAACGAACUUUAGAGUUGUUCCGGACAAUAUUCGAAACUAUUUUUUGUACGUGUGUGACAUAGUACAGUAAACGGACUCAAGGACUCAUUCAGGAGUUUGUACUUGAUGAAAUUCUCGACCGAAGCCUUGGCGGACAUCAGUGUUUCACUAAAUGUGCCGAAUUGCAACGAGCCAACCAAUCGCUGUUGCUGUCCGGAAUGACAAAUAUACACUAAAUUUAGUGCCUGAAGUGUUCUUAUUGCCAAGAAGACAGUCCAAAUUUACGAAAGGAAAGGUAACAAAGUCACUUUGUUAAACUUGAACCGGCAGCGCCCUCAACAAUGGCGCGCCGUCAUUCUGCAACAAUAAGCAACCGUCUGGAGAGGUGGCAGAGAGAAGAUUCUGCUCUUCAGUCCUAGUAUGUAUACCUAAUUUGGUGCAGCUUAAAGGGGAAACCUAACUAUCUCCUAGAAUCAGCAUGUAAAGGUCAAUAAAG